AUGAAACAUCAGCAGGACGGUGGCGAAGUGAUCAUGGAGUCCCGGGUCUGUUUACCGUUCCGCACCUCUUCCAGCCAGUCUCACGCAGACCCGGAGCCCGAUGUUAUGGCCUUUUAUCCCCGUGACAAACUUCACGGCGCGGCCGGCAGCCGGAACAUCUGCUGCAACUCCCGAGCCGACAGAGUUCCGGGGGCCCGUUGCGAUUACUUGUACAUCGAUGGUCAUCGCAGGUCGUCGGCGGGGAACCCAACCAAGUACUUGGAGAGUGUGGAAGGACAUCGGCCCGGGUCGUUAAAUGGGGAGGUGAAUGCCAGCCCCCAGGCACUGAAUAUCAAGGUUUCGAAAUCCAUUACCUAUCAACUUAUGGAAUCUGAUCGCCAAGAUCCGCUGAAAAUCUGUGGAAAACUGAAAGAGUCCCCAGGAAAUGAGAUUCCCAGUGAGCGGAGUGAGGGAGAUACCAGCAGCAAAAACAAGAAGCGGCGGAACAGAACCACGUUCACUAGCUAUCAGUUGGAGGAGCUGGAGAAGGUGUUUCAGAAAACUCACUAUCCAGAUGUGUAUGCUCGAGAACAGCUGGCUCUGGGCACUGAGCUCACUGAGGCCAGAGUUCAGGUUUGGUUUCAAAACAGAAGAGCCAAAUGGAGGAAACGAGAACGAUAUGGAAAAUUUCAUGAAGUUAGAAACCACUUUGCUGCAGCAUAUGACAUCUCGAUCUUCCCGAGACCAGAAAAUUAUCCUCAGAUACACAACAACCUCUGGACCAGCAAUGCAACCAACACCUCUACAGUCUCUUCAUCUAUUUUGUCCCAAGAACCCAUGUCUUCAUCUUGCAUGACACCUUAUUCACAUUCCCAUGGGAAUGUUAGUGGGUUUAUGGGGAUCUCCAGCUCUCCCACUCACCAUAACGGCAUCAAGAGUCUUUACUCCCUUCAUGGAUUUCCCGGUUCGCGUGCCAACCAUGCCUUUGAACCAGUUCCCGAAUCCGACUACAAAACUUCCAGUCUUGUUGCUCUUCGAGGGAAGCCAAAAGAGCCACCAGCUUUCCUUUCAUGGACCAGGUGA